UCUGUCGUUAAAUUAUCUGUAAAUUGUGCUUACUUUGGCUUGCUCACUCAACGCAACAAAUAAUGGAUGACUUGUGUUGUUAUUUGCAAGAAAUAUGAUUGCAUGUAUGCGAAUACAAAUCAUAAAUUAUUGAUAGAACAAAACUCAUUAAGGAAGAAAAAAGUAAAGGAUAAAAUAUUUUGUUAUUUAAUUUGUAAAAAUCACGAAGACGUAAUAUUGUUUUGGAUCUCGAAUUGAAGUGACAGUGUGGUACACUUUGUAACACCAUAGGUUGUAUGUACUGCUUUUAUAGGAAAGUGAUAAAACUGACAAAUGUGUGUUUACAUCAAAAUAAAUAUUAAAUGAUUUUAAGACAAUAUUGUAUAUAUUUCCUCCACUACAAUGAGGGGAGAUAAUUUGCUUGACAUAGAACUUAUGAAAUUAUGUAAACCAGACAGGAGAUGUAUUUGAUAACUGCCAGUUUUGAGUUCGACACUGUUGCUAUUCUAGUGCCUGAAUAAUACAUAGCCUUGUUUUGUGCCUAAUGCACUAAUACAUUUUUCAUCAUGGUGCAUAUACCAAGCACAUAUACUUACGAUUUUUGGGCAAAAACACCAACAGAAGUCGUAGAGUUAACAUGUUUGAUGCCCAACGGUGUGGUAGUCCCACUUGAUACAAAUCGUAAUGCUACAUUGGCUGAAAUUAAAGAAGAUCUUUGGGACGAGGCAAGCAAAUAUCCUCUUCAUGGAAUAUUGAAAGAUGCGCAAUCAUAUGUAUUUUCAUACAUCAACUCAAAUGCAGAGGCAGAAGAACUACGAGAUGAAACAAGACGUCUUUGUGAUAUAAAACCAUUUUGUUCUGUACUAAAAGUUAUUGAACGAGAAGGUAUAAAAAAUGAUAGGAAUUUAGAUGCCCAAAUAGGUCAUAUAAUUGGAAAAGGAUUACAUGAAUUUGCUGCCUUAAAAAAUUCUGAAGUCAAUGACUUCAGAUGGAAAAUGCGAGUAUUGGGUGAUGAAGUAGCUGUUGCUAGACAAAAAAAAUCAUGGGUGGAGAAAGUACAAUAUCAGUAUCCAUUAAGGUUAGCUCCAAGUUCUGCGAUACCUAAAAAUAUUGAAUGUCGGCUAAAGGAUGGAAAUCUUGUUCUUGUUACCAAAUUCAGGAAUACAGAGACAUCUUUUACAUUUCAAAUCUCGCAUUCUACUACACCAUAUGAGCUAUUGGUACUUAUUUUAAAUAAGAGGGCAAAUACGAUGAUGUUACGAGGUGAACAUCCAAAUGAUUUCAUACUUAAAGUAUGUGGUCAAGAAGAAUAUUUGAUUGGAGAAUAUCCUCUUAUACAGUUUAAUUAUAUCCAAGAUUGUUUAGCAAGAGACAUUACACCAACGCUUAUUACUCUCAAUGUAGAUAGUGUAUCUUUAGAUCAGGAUAAUGGUCCUGAGAAUCCAGAUGUAGAUGCACUACAGCGCACAAGACCUUCUUUUUCUACGCUUACACUUCGUAAAAAAGGCAAACAUGUUUCUGCUUGGAAGAUAGAUGAUCCAUUUGUGUUCACUGUAAAUGGUAUUUCUCGACUCAACUGUGAUGCUGCCCAUAGGACAGUAGAGAUUGGGUUGCAAGCUGGCCUUUUCCAUGGCGGGAAGUCAUUGUGUGAGAGUCAGAAAACCAAAGAAACUAUAGUAAGCUCGGAUGGCAGUUGUGAAUGGGAAGAAACUCUUAGAUUUGAUAUAAAAGUUAAGGAUAUACCUCGAAUGGCACGUUUAUGUUUUGUCUUGUAUGAAAUUAGUAAAACUUCAAAAGGCCUAAAGAGUAGAAGACUGGUUAAAGAUUCUAAGCAGGAAUUCUUUAUAAAUCCUUUGUGUUGGGCAAACACAACUAUAUAUGACUUUAAGUCUCAAUUAAAGACUGGAGCAAUGACAUUAUAUACAUGGACAUAUGCAGAGGAUAUGCAGAAUGAUGAUUUACUUCAUCCUUUAGGGACAGUAGUAUCAAAUCCACAUAUUGAUAGAGCAGCAGCACUUAUGCUGACAUUUCCUAACUAUGGAAAAGAUAAAUCUGUACUCUAUCCUACUCCAGAAAAAAUGGUAGAAUAUGCAAGAAAACUACGUGAAUCUGCUAAUGAAAGAAUAAUGCAAGAAGAACCAAAUCAAGACAAUGACAUUAAUAAAUUUCAACAAUUAGAACAAUUAAGAUCUUUAGCAGAUAGAGAUCCACUCCAUGAACUUCAUGAACAGGAGAAGAAAACUAUGUGGGCAUUGAGGCAUCAUUGUCUUCAUGAAAUUCCAACAGUUUUGGCCAAACUAUUGCAAUGUGUAGAAUGGAAUGAUCACAAAGAAGUAGCAGAAGCUACAGCAUUAGUACAACAAUGGCCAACAUUGCCAGUAGAAAAAGCAUUAGAAUUAUUAGAUUAUGCCUAUGCUGAUCAAAAUGUUAGAAGUUUUGCUGUACGUUGUCUUUUAGAUGUUAGUGAUGAGGAUUUGAGUUUGUACCUUUUACAAUUGGCUCAAGCAUUGAAACAUGAAAAUUAUUUAUCAUGUGAUUUAACUGAAUUUCUAUUAGGACGUGCUCUUAAUAACCAGAGGAUAGGACAUUAUUUGUUUUGGCAUCUUCGGUCAGAAAUGCAAGUUGGUUCUGUUUCUGUUCGUUUUGGUCUUAUACUUGAAGCUUAUUGUAGAGGUAGUCAACAACAUAUGCGAGCACUUUUUAAACAAAUGGAGUGCUUGGAUAAGUUAAGAUGUGCUUCAGAACAAGUUAAGCAGAAAAAAGAUCGUAAAGCAGCACUUCAAACCUUCCAAGAUUUUAUUCAAGAACCGCAUUGUCAAGAAGCAUUAUCUAAUGUUCUUAAUCCAUUAGAUCCAAGCUUUAGGUGGAAACAUCUAAAAAUUGAAAAGUGUAGGGUUAUGGAUAGUAAAAUGCGACCAUUGUGGCUUGUCUUUGAAAAUGCGGAUCCAUUUGGUGAAGAUAUCUAUUUAAUACUUAAACAUGGAGAUGAUUUGAGACAAGAUAUGCUUACACUUCAGAUGUUAAGGAUCAUGGACAAGUUGUGGAAAAGAGAAGGUUUGGAUUUACGUAUGAAUCCAUACGGUUGUAUAUCUACAGAAAAUAGAGUUGGAAUGAUUGAAGUAGUUUUAAAUGCUGAGACCAUUGCAAAUAUACAAAAAGAGAAAGGCACGUUUUCUGCAACCGCUGCUUUUAGGAGAGGUUCAUUAUUAGCUUGGCUGAAAGAUCAUAAUCAUACAGAAGUAGCUUUAAAUAAAGCCAUUGAAGAAUUUACGUUAAGCUGUGCUGGGUAUUGUGUCGCAACAUAUGUUCUUGGAAUUGCUGAUAGACAUUCUGAUAACAUUAUGGUUAAAAAAACUGGCCAACUAUUUCAUGUUGAUUUUGGUCAUAUCCUCGGACAUUUUAAAGAGAAAUUUGGGUUUAGACGUGAACGCGUGCCGUUUGUAUUAACUAAUGAUUUUGUUCAUGUAAUUAAUAAAGGACAGACAAAGAAAGGGCAAGCUGUGGAAUUUCAGCGAUUUCAAAGUCAUUGUGAACAAGCUUUUUUAAUUUUAAGACAGCAUGGUGGUUUAAUUCUAUCCUUAUUUGCAAUGAUGAUAUCUACUGGACUUCCUGAACUUUCAUCAGAAAAAGAUCUCAACUAUUUAAGAGAUACAUUGGUGUUAGAAAUGUCUGAAAGUGAAGCUCAAAAACACUUUAGAAGUAAAUUCGAUGAGGCACUUUGCAACUCAUGGAAAACUUCACUUAAUUGGGCUUCACAUAACAUGGCUAAAAAUAAUAAAACAAUAUGAAAAGUUAUACUAGAAAAGGAACGAUAUUAUUUCAAUGUGUUUGACGAUAGUUAGAAUGCAGUUAUGUUCUAUAGGCAGUGUAAAGUUAAUGUCUGAGAAACUUUUGAAGGUGGUAAGAGUCAGUGAAGUAUGCUGAUUAACAAUUUCUAAAAAGUCAAUGUACUAAGAAGUUGUGAAUAAGACAGUAUUUACUAUAUGCAAUGAAUACAUAUAAUGCACAUAUAAUGUUUUAAAUCGAACAGUUAAUGUGAAUUGCUGUCUAUGGAUGACAAAACAAUGAAAAUCAGGCGGACGCGUUUUAUUAAGCUCUCAGUCGUUGAACACGAUAUCCAUAAAAAUACUUAAUAGUAAGAAAUAUACUGUGGCAUAUAUUUUCAGAGGCUGAUGUAUGAUACAUAUCAUUUCUUAACAUAGACAGCCUAUUCAUAAAUUUAACAAUAAAAUUAUGUUUAAUUUGAAAAAGUAUAUUGCUUUGAAUUUUGUAAAAAAGUUUCAUUUAAAAAUUGCUGAUAACUGGCUUGUACAAAACUACCUUAUAUGUAAAUUGUCUUCUUUAAAUAUCACACUACACUAGAGCGCCUUAAAAUGGUAUGCAUAGAAAUUCUACUAGAGGACUACUGUUUAAGAAAUCCAUUUAAAUCCAAUUCUAUUAUAUACGGCAAUAAGAAGUACAUUCAAGUAUACCAAAACGUGAGGUUCUUACAUGUAAAGGAUGAUAAAAUAGAAAAAAGCUAUUGUAUUUUUAUUACUUAGUCUUCGACAGUAGUGCAGAAACUAAGAAUAAUAAAUUUUAUCUUAUAAUUUAUUAAUAAAACUUAAGCAUUAUUUCUUAUCGCCCUUAAUAUAAAUCGUGCUAUGCAAUAGUCAGUGAUAGUGUGAUAAUUCAAAGCAAUAUUUAUUCGUAAAAUUAUGUUUAAAUAACUUAAAUUUGUAAGCGGAGCAUUACCAGGUUUCUGCCGUUGGGUCGACGUGGCGACCGUCUCAGGUGCCAAAAAUAAUAAGUGUCGAGAGGACCAUUUUUCGUUUUAUUAGCACAUUUUUAUACGUUUUUGUUUUUAUGUAUCCAUACAUAGGAAACUCAUCUUUGCGUUGCAUAAAUGUUAUUCUUUUUUUUUUUAACAAGUUUAGUAAAUAAUUGUUGAGCAUACACUGACUUUUUGAAGAGUAUUGCAAAUGUCAGCAAUUCCUUUCUUUGAAUUGGAUAGUCUAAUAAAAUGUAUUUUUUUUUUAUACAGGAAACAUAUUAAGCUUAAGCAAAACAUAUUCUUUAAGAAACAUUAAACAAUGUAUAAUAAUAAGAGACGAUUACCAAUGUUUUCCUACCAUAAAAUGUUGGAAUAAUGAUGGCCCUUUUGAGAAAAAAAAAGAAAAUGUCUGACUGAAAAAAUAUUGUUUUUGUAUUAAUGAUACGGAAUCUCCAAUCGAAUGUUUAUUUACGAUUGCUGUCAUCUCAUAAUUAUGGAAUAUCUAUAACCAAGAUAUUCAUGACAAUCAUAAUUAACACAUUUUUUGCUAAUACAAACAAUGUGAUAAAACUUCAACCAAAAGAAAGAAAAAAAGAGAAUAAGAGUGAGGGUGGGGGGAAGUGGGAGUAUCCAAAUCAAGAAUUAUGUUAUUGAUCGAUAAAUAAAAAGUUUUGUUUAUAUUCAAAAGCCGUUAAUGUUAUCGGUUGUUUGAAAAUUGUGUAAAUGAUAAAUAAACAUUGAUCGAACGUCGAAAACGUGAUGACCAUUGAAAUUGCAAA